CGCGAUUUAAAAAUAUUUAUAAAUUUAUUUUGUUUAUUUACUUGAUAAUUUUAAAUUAUCAAAAUAAAAUUUAAAAUUGUGGUGCUUUUAUAUUGGAAUUGGAAUUUGAAUAGUACGAGCAUCACUUUAGUGUAUGAAUGAGAUUUGAAUUUUAAACGAUAAAUUAAACGCCAAGAUGCCGCAGAACGAGUACGUAGAGAGACAUCAGAAGUUGUAUGGUCGUAGAUUAGAUUAUGAAGAAAGAAAACGUAAGCGAGAAGCCCGUGAGCCCCACAAGCGAGCAGAGAAAGCGCAGAAACUCCGUGGUAUCAAGGCCAAGAUCUUCAACAAGGAGAGACGCAAUGAAAAGAUUCAGAUGAAGAAGAAGAUCAAAGCGCAUGAGGAGAAAAAAGUCAAACAGACCUCAGAGAAUGCACCUGAAGGAGCGUUGCCGGUGUAUCUGCUGGACCGUGAUGUCCAGCAGCGUUCGAAAGUACUCUCUAAUAUGAUCAAACAGAAGCGCAAAGAAAAGGCUGGAAAGUGGGAUGUCCCGAUACCAAAAGUAAAAGCGCAAUCAGAGUCGGAGGUCUUCAAAAUUGUCAAGAGUGGCAAGACCAGGAGGAAGGCCUGGAAGAGAAUGGUGACCAAGGUCACGUAUGUCGGGGAAAAUUUCACGAGGAAGCCGCCCAAGUUUGAGAGAUUCAUCAGACCGAUGGCACUGAGGUUCCGCAAAGCUCACGUCACUCAUCCGGAGUUGAAAGCGACGUUCCACUUGCCGAUAAUCGGAGUCAAGAGGAAUCCCAGCUCCGCUAUGUACACAACCCUGGGUGUCAUCACCAAGGGUACCAUCAUUGAAGUAAACAUUUCAGAGCUUGGAUUGGUCACGCAAACUGGCAAAGUCGUCUGGGGAAAAUAUGCACAAGUUACUAAUAAUCCAGAAAAUGAUGGAUGUAUUAAUGCUGUUUUAUUAGUUUAAAUUUAUUGUAAUUUAUUGUUUGUAUUUUUCGAUAUCAGUAAAAAUAAAAAUUUAAUUUUCCCUGGA